CGAGCCGAACCCUCGACGGCCACGACCGACCGAGACGUCGGGUCUUUGGCCGCCGCGACACCGAUUGAUAACCUUUCCCUUCACCGCCGCCACCGACCCGACCAUCACCACCGUAUCGUAAAAGUGCGUAACUUACGCGUACUCUCGGGGACCGUUUAUCACGCUGUCGCUGUACAUCAGACGUUGUCACCGUCGACCCGCGAGUCUCGUCCGUCCGUCCGUCCGCGUUUUCUCGCUUAGUGCGCCGCUGGUUCGCGCGAACCCUUUCGGAAAUCCCUGGCGCGUCCAAUGACCUAGUUCAUCAACCUUGGCCGCGUUCACUUCGUCUUUGAGUGUCCACCACCGCUACUGCCCUGCGGUGCACCCUCCACCCGAACCAACGUACCGCGACUCCCGGCGGCUUGUACUCGGCACGCUAGGGUCUUCGGCGCCGACCCGAAGACCUACACGUCCCGGUUUUCUCUCCUGACAGUACUACCCCAGUGUUCGGGGCUUAAUAUUCAUUCACUGUGACCGGAAUCAUUGUUACCCUGGCUGCCGCCGCCGCUUCUUCGUCAUCUUCCUCGUCUGCGGCGUCUACUUCACGCUUGCCCGUCACCAUGGACGGCUCCGAACGAGGUUUACGAUUGGACAAUAAUAUAUCGCUGAAUUCAAUGGGUCCUCAGUCACCUUUAGAUCUAAAACCUGACAGAGCGAGUUUAAUGGUUAACUUCAGCCCUCCAGGAGAUCCUCUAAGUCCCGGGCUGUACAACGUGGACAGGAGCAACAAUAUGAUGAACAAUGCUUGCAACGUUCAAGAUUCUCCAAAUUACCCACCCAAUCAUCCACUUAGCGGGUCGAAGCAUCUGUGUUCGAUUUGUGGCGAUCGCGCCAGUGGAAAACAUUACGGGGUCUACAGUUGCGAAGGCUGCAAAGGGUUCUUCAAACGCACGGUGAGGAAAAAUUUGUCUUACGCGUGCCGCGAGGAGAACAAAUGCAUAAUCGAUAAACGCCAGAGGAAUCGGUGCCAGUACUGCAGAUAUCAGAAAUGUCUGACCAUGGGCAUGAAAAGAGAAGCUGUCCAGGAGGAGAGACAGCGAACCAAAGAACGUGAUCACAAUAUCGAAGUCGAGCCGACGAGCAGUUCCAACACUGACAUGCCAGUCGAACUCAUAUUGAGGGCCGAGAACAAAGCCGACGCUAUUAAGACUGAACAGCAGUACAUUGAGCUACAACACCCUCAGCACACUGUUGGUGCUAUUUGCCAAGCGACCGACAAGCAGUUGAUACAACUUGUUGAGUGGGCCAAGCAUAUACCUCAUUUCAAGAAUUUACCUCUCGGCGACCAAGUCUUGUUACUGAGGGCUGGUUGGAACGAGUUAAUGAUUGCAGCAUUUUCCCACAGAUCCAUUAACGUGAAAGACGGUAUUGUCUUGGCAACUGGACUCACUGUUGAUAGAGAUUCCGCUCAUCAAGCUGGUGUUGAAGCCAUAUUUGAUCGUGUACUCACUGAACUUGUUGCUAAAAUGAAAGAUAUGAACAUGGACAGAACAGAGCUUGGCUGUUUACGUACCAUUAUUCUAUUCAAUCCAGGCUCCAAAGGAUUGCAAUCUGUGAAUGAAGUGGAGAUAUUGCGUGACAAAGUAUAUGUUGCUUUAGAAGAAUAUUGUCGUGUAACACAUCCAGAUGAACCCGGUCGAUUUGCAAAAUUACUUCUACGGCUGCCUUCAUUACGUUCUAUUGGUUUGAAAUGUCUAGAACAUUUAUUUUUUUACAAACUUAUUGGAGAUUCUCCAAUUGAUACGUUUUUAAUGGAAGUUCUUGAAUCAUCACAUGAUGUGCAAGUUGCCACAUGAUUUAAAGCGAUUCUGCUAGAUAAAAAUACCAUUGUGCAGGAUGCUAGUGGUUUAUUAUAAUUUAAAUAUUAAUAUUAUAGAUUAAAUGUUUGAUAAUUGUCUUUUUUAAGUAUUAAUUUUAGAAAAUUGUCUACAGUUUUAUGACAGAUCACUUGACCAACCCACUUAUAUAUUAUCUUUAUCACAAUAUGUAAAUUAAAAUGUAUUAAAUGUUCAUG